UCAAUAUUAUUUAAAUUUGCAAAAAUGGUACCUUUACCUGGUCAAGACAAUGCUAAUAAAGAAAAUGAAAAGUUGAAAGUUAGCCAUUGUUUAAGCAGUGUUCAGGCGAAUCUUCCUGUAAAUAAGGUUGUUGUUCACCCUUUGGUACUUUUGAGCGUUGUUGACCAUUUUAAUCGAAUCAGUAAGACGCAAAGAGUUAGCAGAGUUGUUGGCGUUUUAUUAGGGAGCAUGGGUUCUGAUAAAACUAUUGACACUUCUAAUUCCUUUGCUGUUCCUUAUGACGAAGAUGCUGAAGAUUCAAAUGUGUUCUUUUUGGACGCUGAUUAUUUGGAAGAUAUGUUUGGAAUGUUUUACAAAGUAGCUGCCCGUGAGAAAAUUGUUGGUUGGUACCACACUGGACCGAAGCUGUGUAAGAAUGAUAUUCUCAUAAACGAAGUCAUCAAACGUUUUGUGCCUAAUCCUAUACUUGUAAUAAUCCAAGCUAGUCAGGCUAGCCAUGAACAAAUGAAUUUGGGACUUCCUACAGAUGCUUAUGUUGAAGUACAAGAAGUUCAUGAUGAUGGAUCUCCUCCAAUAAAGACUUUUGAACAUGUUCCCUGUGAGAUUGGAGCUGAAGAGGCUGAAGAAGUUGGGGUUGAACAUUUGUUAAGAGACAUUAAAAAUUCAACUGCCGGAACUCUCUCACAAAGAAUUACUAAUCAAUUUUUGGGCUUGGUUGGAUUUCAACACCAAUUGGCAAAAAUGGCACUUUAUGCAAAACGUGUAGUUAAUAAGGAGUUGCCUGUAAAUCAUUCAAUAAUCUAUCAUUUCCAGGAAAUUCUUAAUUUGCUUCCUGAUGUUCUUUCGCCAGACUUUGUUGACGCUCACAACUCAAUGAGUAAUGAUCAAGCAAUGCGUAUAUAUUUGGGAAAUCUUGCUCGAACCGUUAUUGCUCUAGACGAUCUCAUUGACAACAAAGUUUUAUUACAUUUUUUCAUUUAAAGUUAUUUAUUUAAGUUGGUAUUGCAACGAGAUGAAGAAAAAUCUGAGAAGAAAACUGAUUCAGAAGAAAAAAUUAAAGAUGCAAAAUCUGGAGAGAUUAAAUCAGAA